AUGGUGAACGACGAGAAUCGGGAGAAGAGGGGCUACUCGCAGCAAGCGCCGGAAACCAACAAAGAAAAGGAUGAGGUCGACGAGAUGUCUGCGCCUACCCGAGCAACCAGCGAAUCGGAGAAACAAGGGUCGUCAAAUCCUCUUCAGCAGGCGAUUCCGGUGCCGGUUUUCAUUGGGGAUCAAACGGCACGUGUCAUUACAAAUGAUGACGGAACAAUGGUCAAGGAAAGUCUCGACGAGCAUGCAAAGCCAUAUAACGAUGUCCACGAAUUGAGGCAUGAUUUGAAUCUGCUAGGAAGGAAAUAUACCAUUGACGAAUUACAACUGGCUGCGCUGAAGUGGUCUGGAACGCCGCUGCCCGACUUUUGGUACAAGGAGUUUCGCUCUAAACGCGGCUUGACGAGCACGCUUUUGUCAAUUUUGCUGCGCGAGGGCAAGGCUCUUUUUCGCUAUCCUACUGGAAUCUUGUGGCGUAAUCUGGAAGGCGAUCAGACACAAGCUGUUCAGCCUGCUGUCGGUGAUGGGUUGCCAGCUGAAGAAUUUUCUCCCUCCGAUGAAGAUAAUUCACCAAAGAGUUUUGUGGAACACGAUGAAAGCCACACCAUCGAAAUUGUAGCAGCUGGGGGAGGAAAUGAGCCAAAUCAACAAGCCCUGAUGUGCGGGCACUGCCACUGGAGUAUCGGGCCGGAUGAAAUUUGGAAGAAGCGGCACAAGGAGAAGAACAACAAGAAGAAGAUGGACUUCUCGGAAUUGCUGCAGCAGGCCGAGAAGAACAAGGAGAAGCUCGAGAAGAAGGUCUCCACCAUCAAAUCAACGAUCGAUAAAGAAGACCGGAUUCAGCGAGAGAAAGAAGCAAAGAAAGAGAAGGAAAGGCUGGCCGAGCUGAGAUUGCAGGCAAAUGGCGGAAAGGCAAACAAGAAGAUUGCCCGGCAUUUCGGCAUCGACCCGGUGAAUAUGCAGAUCAGAUAUGGGAACAGCCAUGAACAUAUCGAGACACUGCAAAAGAGGAGGAGCAAAGAACAGGAGGAACAAGACAUGCUGGCCGACAGUCUUCGCGGCGGUGUCCACAAGGCGUUGCAACUCAAGCAAAAGGCAGAACAAUUGCGCGGUAAACUGCCAGCUGAUGAGCAUCGACGUGCCGGCACGAGCAAGGAGAACAGUCUGGCUGGAAUGUCGUCUCGCCAUCGCCAUAGUCGUGAUCACUUCUCGCCACCUCGCGAUUCGAAGGGACAGCCGAACAAAUUCGAGCUCAAUUCAAAACGGCCCCCACCCCCGGCCGCCCUCGAUUUUAGCAAAAGCGCAGAGGGGCAUUCGUCUGGUCGAGAUCGAGAUCGUGCUCCUCUUCCGCCAUCCAGGGAAAAGAUUGAGCGUCAUCGCGAGAGAAUGGAUAUCGAUCGGGAGCGGAUCAACAAUGAGAGACGUGCCCCUCCCUCUGCCCCAGUGCCCCAAAAAGAGAAGCGGAAGCCGUUCACGAAAGGUCCGACGCCUCCUCCAAUCAUUCCACCAGCUGUACCCGGAAAGAAAUAUCUACCCGGUGAUGACAGAUAUCAGCCACCAGCCCCUGGAGAGCGUCGAAAAGAUGGCGAAAAGGGGAACGGAAGCGGCAGCAUGAGACGCGAGAAGACCUCCUCCUCCUCCUCCUCCUCAUCAAAAGGAGCACCACGACAAUCGGCUUCUUCCUCGGCUCCUCGUGCUCCCCAUCAUCAAUCCAAUCGACCGCCAAUGAAGACGAUGGGCGAACUGUUCAGCAACGGCGCCGCAGGCCUUCCGAUUACGGUGGCGGAAAUAUGCGCUCGAAGGAGACACAGA